AUGUACAGAAUUAUUGGCUCAGAUGAUGGUAGAAUGGUAUUACAAAAUGGGUUAAAUGACUUGACUAAUUGUUUCACUGAAUUUCCCAUCAAAAGUGCGGCAAGCGCAGAAAUAAUUGAUAUCCUUAAAAAAUCGUAUUUGGACGAUAAAGUUGAGGAAUUCAGAAGAGGUGGUUGUAGAGAUAUUGAGCUUGACAGCAAAUUUGGAUUCACUGUUGAAAAUGAUACUGGCAAUUUAUUAUUGACGGUUCAAAAUGGAUUGUCAACAAAGGAAUCAGACUAUAACACUAUUGGCUACAAUAAUAUGGGCAUUUACUUGUGCAAGCAUGCUGAUGUUUGCAUUCAGCACACAAUGGUCAAAACAACUGGUUGUGAUGUCAUAAAACUUGUCCUUUGCAAGUAUGUGACAGGUAAGGUGACAACAGCAAUACCUCGAACAGCUACUGUUGGAGAGUUCAUUGAACCCACUGCUGGCUUCAGUGCUCACAUUUCUGUCAUCCAACCAUCUAUCAAAGACUCUCUGCAAUCUCAGUAUGAUAGGUCACAGGUUUAUCUUUAUGAGAUCAAUAAUUCACAGCAGCCUGUAGUUUACCCUCGCCAUGUUCUUCCCUAUGCUCUCAUCAUUCUUACUCUUAAUUCCUCAGCUCCUCCUCAUUUAGAAAAUGAUCUUGUUAAAAUAUUUUCUGAUGUCAACAAAAAGAAUUCCAAGCCAGACAUAUUUGCUAACCCAAAAUUGCAACAAGUAAUAAACCAAAUAAAUGCUAAAGGUCCACCGGAGUUGUUGGGUUUACAGGCGGUACAGAAUGUGACAGAUGUUCUACCUAUUUCUGUUAUUGGAAUUGGAGCAACAUUACAAACAAAAGUUACAAAAAGUUCCGUUGUUAACAACACUUUAUUGAGCUCCUCUGAAAAUAUGCAACUCCAAAAAGUUAUCAAUCAGCUAAAUGCAAAAUACGAUUCUGAAAGUGGUAACUCUGAGAACAACUUGCUUGUCAAUGAAGCUCAAUUAGUGAAUAAGAAUAGUUUUAAUAGUGACCAACUGUCAACAAUAAUUUCAUUGGACGAUUACAUUGCUAAUACUGGUAGUAAUAAACUUCGCCAACAAACACAGCAAAUAGAUAUUUUGACAGCUGGUCAUGCCAAUCUUCUGCAGUACGCUAAGCAUGAGCUUACUCCUUAUCAAACACUUAAUCUCAUUUCAGCAGGUUCAGGACAAUUCGGCUUCCCUAACAGCACUCAAGCCCCAACAUCAGACAUUAAUCAGUUGAUAGCUGGGUAUUCGCAGCUACAAGGAGUUUCAUUGCCAGUGCCCACUAUGAUCGCCCUGGAUUCACCUGCAACCGCUAUUUUUGGUCAAAAUUCUGGAGCCAAUGCAUUAUAUCAACAAGAAUUAAUUCCGAUUGAUUACUUGUCUGCAGUGUCAUCUCCAUCAUUAGUUUCAAGAAAUGUGUCUGCAUCUGUGGGUUUGCCGGCUUUUUAUAAUGAUCAGUCACUUGGUUAUUCAGUUGUUGCUGGCGGUGGUAAUCUCAAAAGAUCUUAUGUUGGAGACGGCGCAAACACAUCUGGUCUUGUCAUUGAUAAAAGAGCUCGUUUGGUGUAA